CGCACAACACGGUGACGUUUCCCACGGAGGCAGGGAGCAGCGUGCACAUGCAUGAGCUCCUCUUCCUCAGUCUGAGCUCCAUGCGCAGGAAACGCAUCCUCUACAUCAACAUGUAACUCCUCCGCAUUCAUUUAAAACCAUGGAGCUUCAGGUGGAGAACCAGAGUCAUGUGCCCGUGGACACCAGCACCGUGUUGCUGCCUGCUCAACUCGUCCUGGGGAUGGGGGUAGACAACUUUAUCUCCCUGCUCAUAUUUGGACUGAUCUUCAUCCUGGGUGCGCUCGGGAACGCCAUGGUCAUCACGGUGCUGGCGCGCAGCAAACCGGGUCAACCGAGGAGCACGACCAACAUCUUCAUCCUGAACCUGAGCGUGGCGGACCUGUCCUACCUGCUCUUCUGCGUCCCCUUCCAGUCCACCAUCUACAUGCUGCCCACAUGGGUGCUGGGCGCCUUCAUCUGCAAGUUCAUCCACUACUUCUUCACCGUGUCCAUGCUGGUCAGCAUCUUCACGCUGUCGGCGAUGUCCGUGGACCGCUACGUGGCCAUCGUGCACGCCAGGAAGUCCUCGUCGAUCCGGGUGGCGCGGCACGCCAUGCUCGGCGUGGUGCUGAUCUGGACCCUGUCCCUGGUGAUGGCCGCUCCCGUGGCGCACUACCAGAGCAUCGUGGAGCGGGAGGACAACACCACGUUCUGCUGGGAGGUCUGGCCCGACCACCAGAGGAAGGUCUACGUGAUGUGCACCUUUGUGUUCGGAUACCUGCUGCCUCUCGCCCUCAUAUCUGUCUGCUACGCAAAGGUUUUAAAAUAUCUGCACAAAAAGCUGAGAAACGUCUCCAAGAAAUCUGAGCUCUCCAAAAAGAAGACGGCACAGACAGUCCUGGUGGUGGUGGUGGUCUUCUGUCUGUCCUGGCUGCCCCACCACAUCGUGCACAUGUGGGUGGAGUUCGGCUCCUUCCCCCUGAACCAGGCGUCCUUCGUGUUCCGGAUGGUGGCCCACUGCCUGGCCUACAGCAACUCCUCCGUCAACCCCAUCAUCUACGCCUUCCUGUCGGAGAACUUCAGGAAGUCCUACAAGCAGGUGUUCCGGUGCCGGGCGCCCAGCGAGUGUCCCCUGAACGACACCAGGGACCCCCGCAGCCGGUUGGAGCCGGUGCUGUCCACGAACGUCAGCGUGGCUUACAAAGGUCACGACUCUCAGAUCAGUAAAAUGCUUUGAUGACGUCUCCAACGAUGCUGAGAGCCGGUCCUGUGGUUUACAGAGAGUCUGACUGGUUCUUGUGAGGCUGGUGAUGAGAAUCCAUAAUAGAAAUAUGUUUUUUGCCAGUACACAGCUUUGAAUCGGGCCAGUACCUUUAUUUUUCCAUCGUGCCACCGCCAAGAGGUUUCAGGUACAGUGUUGGGUUUAGUUGCAGGACAAGAGUCUAUUGUUUCACCUACAAAUCACAGGUAGCUGGGACAGACUGGGAACAAAGAUGGACGACAUGUCUCCACUUCCUCCUGUUGCACAAAAUGAAGCUAAAACAUCCCAGAUAUGAAGCCACCUUGUUUUUAUAGCAUCAUAUCAUCGAUAACAAACUUACACAGUGAGAUAAGAACCACAUAAAAUGACAGAAACCACCUUUGAGAUAAAGGAAGUUGACCUUUUAGUUUGGUCCGUGUCCCAUACGCUAACGUGGAGGAGGCCGAUACCACAACCAGCCACCAGGGGGUCAUCAAGAUGAUUUGGCUUCACUUUUGUUAUGUGGUCCAUCUUUAUUUACAGUCUGUGGUAGCAGGGGAAAACUUUUAUUUCAAAUUAAAGGCAAGAAAAUACCUAAAUGUAAUGAAAGGCUGGAUUCAUCAGUAAUGAAAUAGAUGCUUUUUGUAAAACGAGUAGAGAAGGAAUCACUGACGGUUUCAAACAUGUGCAUUAACUUUCACAUCCUUUCAUUCAGGCCUAUUCGUCAAGACGCUCUGACAAAUACAACUGGCUCUUUUCCCAUAGAGUCGCCUGGAGAUCAGACUCUGCCCUGAUAGGCCGGUUUAUUAUCUACAUACAUUAGAUCUAUACCACAGAACAGCAGCUGCAUGUACAGGAGAGUCAAUAACGCAGCAUUUAAGUGUCAGAUAGCCGUUCGGUCCUCAAGGACAAAAGCUGAAGGACAAAUAAAGAUAGAAAGAAAGCUGGUUCACACCGGAGCUUCCACAGACUGUUCACAACGGAAUAAAGAAACACAGUCUGAGAGUCUCAAUCUUCAUCUAGGUUUCUGUGUCUGUUGUUCACUCCUGUUAGAGUCUGUGUCUGUUGUUCACUCUUUUUAGAGUCUGUGUCUGUUGUUCACUCCUGUUAGAGUCUGUGUCUGUUGUUCACUCCUGUUAGAGUCUGUGUCUGUUGUUCACUCCUGUUGGAGUCUGUGUCUGUGGGAGGAGCAAAGUGAGGGUUUAAAGCAGAUUAUACAACUUUUUUAAACUUUAAGACAACAGCUUAAUUAAAGUGAGUUUGAUGGUUCGUGAUUCCCACUCCUCACCCUGAGCGUCUGAGAAGUGAGGAACUGACUGAGAGUCGCAGCUUCAACUGUCAGAAUCAGAAGAAUCCUUGAGUUUCAGAGUGAAGCUGAACUGUCGAUCAGUUAAAAAGACUCAGAAGUUAUUAAAAACCAGAGUUUAUCUCCAAUAUUCAGCAGGAAACUUUGUAAAUAUGAAGAAUUCUAAACAGAGUUUGUCUCUUUUCUCUUUAUUAUAACCCACGUGCAGACAAAGGCAUCAUCAAACCCUCUGGUUUCCCCUGAUUCUAUCAAUGGGAACCUUUGAUUCAGUUUAAAGUUCUAGUGUUUUCAAUAAGUGUACAAUAUAUUUGUGAAUGAAUAAAUAUUAUUUCAAACAA